AUGGAAGAGCCGGCGCCAAAUCCCACUCUAAUCGUAAGCAUCAAUCUCGACGAGCUUUCGCCUUCUUCGUCGAGACAGCCCUACUCGUGUGCGGGCUUAAGAAACUCGAUCAUGUAUAGGCCUCCGGACUACCGCUGGCCGGAUAAGGGUAAGGAAAUUGAGGCAGGUUCUUCCAGUUUAGAGCUUCGCUCAAGGCCGAGGGAUAACAUGGAAACCGUUGACGCAAUGUCGGUAAGCCUCGAGGGACCGGCUGUGCCCGUGGAUAGGGAGGCGAGCCCUCAAAGUCGAGAUGAUUUACGCCGCUUAGCAUCGAUUGAGGAGGAUCUAUGUGCCAAUGCAGUGGCUCGGUCGAAUUUAGUAGUUUCGGUUAUGCCAGGCAGCACCACGGGCGGCAGGUCUUACUAUGCAAUCCCAAGAGUUACCAUAGUAGCGAAAGAUUAG